AUGUGCCUCUGCCUUCUCGGGAUUGCAUUGGCGCUGCUCGUGCAGCCGAGCACGGCCUGGGUCUUGGGACACAUUUUUUUCGAAGGUUUUCGGGUUUCAGGAGUCCCUUGUCGCCGCCGCCCAGGACUUUGCUCGAGGAGUUCCUGGGCUGAAGGAGCAAAACGGCACCCGUUGCAUGCCGGAGUCGCUCGGCGCGCCGGGGCUGCGCAAGAGGACAACAGUGGCCAGGACCGGCUCGAUCUCGAGGAGGUGGUCGCAGAAGCCAAACGGGUUGUGGACAACGGCACGCUGAAAGACAUGCAAGUGGUCAUGCGAAGAGUGCAGCUGGUAGAUCCAGCAGGGAAGUGGAAGGUUUGGGUUAAUGAGCCCGAAUUGGAGAAGCAGCUACGGAAGUUUGUGGCAGAGGCCAAAGCAGCCAAAACGGCAUUGGAGGAGGACCUGCUCCUGGCGCGACAGCAGCGGAAGACGGGCCAGCGGCAGGUUGAGAGCGCCCAGCGGCAGGACUCGGGCAAUGCGACAAAGGUGCAGGAGGCCAAGGAGGAGGUGGAGAAGGCGGAGAGGAAGGUGGAGAGGGCGGAGAGGAAGGUGGAGAGGGCGAAGAAGGAGGUCCAGGAGGCGAAGAAGGAGGUGGAGAAGGCGAAGAAGGAGGUCAAGGAGGCGAAGGCAAGCGGCCGGACGAAGGAGUCCGAGGCGUCCGCCUCGAGUAGCCUCAAGUGGGUCGUGGACGCCAAGGACACGGCAUUUGCCAACGAGCUGCGCAUGGCUCAGCCGCUGACGGCUCUGGACUGCGCUGAUGAGAAUUUCACCGACGUAGAGUCCGCAGAAGAUGCCGGUAUCGAGAUCUUCCCGUUGAACGCCAGCUUGGAUCCGAAAGAAGCCAAGCCAUGGCUCUUCGUUCGAAAGCAGCAACGAGAGGUCUGGCAGGCGGCCUUCAAUGCGUCGCAGGAUGUGGUGGUGACCGGCUCGCCCGGCAUCGGCAAAUCCUUCUCCAUGUCCUUCUUGUUCCGCGACCUCAUGAAAGCAAAGAAGACCUUUGUCUUCGAAGCACGCAGGUGGAACAUGGUGUACUUGUUCAAGCCGCGCACCGACGGCACCUACGAGGUCGGCAGCAUGCAACUGGAAGACUGGAAACCGGCAGCGUGUGACGAGCUGAGAGUCCCUGCGAACUACUAUGUCAUCGACCCCGGCGAGGCUGAAAAGGGAGGCGUCUGCUUCGUAGCGGCCAAGACUGUCAUUUGCCCGUCACCGGAUCCGCAGCACCUUGGAGAGUUCAAGAAGCUCCCCAAAUGCAAACUGUACAUGGCAGCUUGCUCCUUGCAGGAGGCCCAGUGCAUAGUCAAGUACCUCCGCCCCAACUUCGACCAGAACCAGGUGGAAGAGCUCUACAGGCGAUUUGGUGGUAUUCUUCGACACCUGAUUGGCGACCCUAAGGAGGUGGAGAUGGCUCGCAAUGCAACCCUGUCGAACCAGAACUUGGUCAGGCAAGUUUGGACAUCGGGCAUCAUUGAUCAGGGACGUGAUUUGAAGCCUGCGCACUGGCUCUUCCAGAUAGUGCCGGAAAACGGUUGCACCAGCAGCAGGGUUGAGUUUGUUAGCGAAGAGGCACUCGACCUCACCAUUCACGAGUAUGAGGCGGAGCUGGCUGACCUUUUGACAUCGUUUGAUCCGCUUGCAAAGCCCGUCCUCGGAGUUCUCUACGAACGCUUCGCCCACCAAGUGCUCUGCCGGGGGACGUUGCUGCUGACGCGGCUGGCCAACGUCACCGUUCCCAUGUUCGAGAUGCAGCUUCCACCACUCGAUGAAGAGGUGGUGGACGGCAGCAUCGCCGAUCUUUUCACAGCUGCCACCACUGGGCAGCUACGAUACAUGCGGCCCAGAGAUGUGGGCCUGCCGGUCAUUGAUUCAUGCCUGGCUCCUGUUGAGGACGGCGUGAUGACAUGCUUCCAGAUCACCGUCAGCGCAAAACACUCCCUGGAUCUUGUCGCCUUGGAGAAUGCUGCACGGGGUCUUGACAUCGCCAAGAUUGUUAUUUACUGGGUCGUUCCCAGAGACAGCUUUCGAGAGUUCAACCGCAAGCAGACGUUCGGGCCUCAACUUGUAUUCGAGCAGCGCGUCCUUUCGCUCGCUGCUCCCCGCAAUCCCUUUACCGAGCAGGAGAUGCAAGAACGGUUGCAGAAGGCUGAGCUCUCUAAGCUUACCACAGGAGACGAGCAGCUCCUCAAGCAAGAGAUUGAUGACCUGAAGCUCCGGUACUUGGUUAUGAAAUCUUUCGAAGAACAAGAUGUCAAGGACAUAAUGAAUAAGGUGUUAAAAGAAGGGAAAAGAGCGAAAAACCAGGAUCCCGUGGCUCUGCGCGCAGCACGAGCUUGGGAUAAGAUUGUUGCCUGUAUGGCUUGGACGAAAAAGAGAGGCGAGUGCAAGCUUGCAGCGUAGGUGCCAGCCUAAUCUGCAGUGUCGAUCACGUUGCCAGGCCUGAUCAGCCCGGGCGUGCACUUUUGCUUGGCCGGAUUUUGCGUUACUCGACGAAAAGCGUGUGCCCCACAGUUGGCCGGUGGAUUUGCUUUCCACUGCUUUAGAACAGCGCGAAUCAUGAUUUCAUGUCGCAUAUCUUUAUCUUGACAUUCAGCGCACUCAGGCUCUCGACACAUGGAGUUUUUGCAUAGAGUUUGCUGCAAGCUGGACCAUCACACUGACACGACAAUGCAGCACUCAUCGUCAGAAUAUCGCUCUUUCGGUUCAAGUCUGCAGCACACAUCUGCGUGUUGGAGUUCCGGUUCGAGUCGGCGCGCAUCGGUGAAAUUUCGAAUGCGGCUUGAAGGAAGCUUUAGAAGAGAGUUGAAGGGGAACUUGAGAAAGAAGACUUCUCAAAAUUGAAUUCGAGGAAGGUUAGAGGGUUCAGCCAUGGCCCUAGCGUGGCAAAACUUUGUCAGGAUGACUCCCAAUGGAUUUACAUUUGCUGGUGUGUGUCGCAGGGUUUCCCUCCCGUGGCAAAACCCCGUCCAUGAGCUGGACUAUGCCCGACAGAAAUUCCUGGCCACUGCAAUCGAUGACACCGAAAAAGAUGAACUGACAGACUUGCUUGGCGAGGUCCGAUCUGUGCCAUUGAUGGCAUACACAGCAGCAGUGUGGAAGGACGAACAGUCCAAGAUUGACACGCAAAAACGAGUAAACAUGAAGUUGAGAGAUGAGUUUGUGACGGAGAUGACCCCUUUGCUGGGGGACCCAAGUUGGUCCAAUCCACAACGUUUGCAGUACAUCCGAGACUUGGCCAUUGGUCAGGCAACCUCUGACCCAGCAGACUUUUUUGAUGAGACCGUGUACGACUGCUUCUUCAAGCCAUAUAUUUAUGAGGCAGACGGCAAGUUUUCCUUUGCAAGCAACCCGUGGACUGUUUGCGUAGCAUACUGCGUAGACGCGAGCGGGACACUGCUGAAA